AUGGAUCUCACCAGCUCGGCCGACACGUCCCUUAAGAAGGUCAUCACGACCCGUCAGUUCGUCUUGAUGGCCCUCAGCAGCUCUAUCGGUGCCGGUGUACUUCUCGCUACCUACUCCAGUCUGGCAGUAGGAGGCUCCGGGUCACUCCUCAUAUCUUUUAUUGUAGUCGGAUUUGCCGUGUGGAUUACCAUGUGCGCUCUGGGUGAACUUUCGGCUGCAUUCCCAGUCAGUGGCUCAUUCUAUGAAUAUUCGGUACGCUUCAUCUCGCCGGCCUGGGGCUUCGCCAUGGGAUGGAACUACGUCAUAAAUUUUAUCUUUAUCGUCGUCUUCGAGCUGGUUGUCAUGCUACUCUGCACGCGAUAUUGGGAACCGAACUUGCCAGCAUACUACGUCCUCCCGGGGUUUAUAUGCGGCCUUGUCCUCGUGAAUGCGUUUGGAGCAAAAUGGUAUGCCGAGGCAGAGAACGUUUUUGCGGUCUGCAAGAUGAUCGUUCUUACGGCUUUUACCAUUGUCGCCGCCCUUAUCGUCACCAAAAAUAUUCCGGCUGAUACCCGACCCGCCGAGGAGCUCGGGGUUAACUUGUGGGUGCAAAAUGCAUUCAGACAUGGCCCUAUCGGAUUUCUCUAUGUCUUUAUGACUGCCGGGAUGGCAUAUGGAGGAACCGAGAUGCUUGGUCUCACCGCCGCCGAGUGCGAAAGGCCUCAGAAAGUUAUGCCUCUCGCUUGCAAUAUUGUGCCACUACGAAUUAUUUGGCUAUACCUAAUUCCCAUCUUGAUGCUCGGCAUGGUACUUGAGGUAUCCCUUGACGGCGAAGUUCAAUCUGGUGGAAUCAGUCCCUUGGUUGCUGCAAUGGAUCAAGCCAAUCUCCCAAUAGUUGGUAGCAUCUUCAACGGCAUCAUCAUCAUCGCCAUAUUUUCGAUGGCGAGCGCCAGCGUUUUUGCCUCGUCGCGAGCUCUUCAAGCCAUGUCGGCAAGAGGAAUGGGGCCACGCCUCUUCGCCAAGAUAAAACGAGGUUACCCAAUCUGGGCACUGGCAUUGGUAUUCUCAAUUUCGCUCUUAUCGUUCAUCAAAAUAUCCAAAGACGGUGAUAUAGUGUUCAACUGGCUCUUGGCUCUGGCUUCUGGCUCAAACUACUUUACCUGGAUUUCCAUCUGCGUAUGCCACAUCCGACUCCGGCUUGCCAUACGUAAGAAGGGCUUGGAGAAUCGAGAUGUAUUGAAGUGGCAGUCCCCACCUGGAAUCGGCGGAAGCAUAAUAGCAAUUGUAAUAUUUGUUUUUGGACUCGCAGCUCAGAUUAUCGCGGCAGUGAAGAGUCCGCUCCCUAACCCCCCUCAUGUUCUCUCAAGCUUUCUAGGAAUUAUUGUUGUUUUCGUAUUCUGGGCAGGAUAUAUGGUACUCGGAAACAGUGUGCUUUUGACUCCCCUCGAUCAAAUCGACCUUCAGCCUAAGGCGACGGAGCCGGUUGAAAAUGGCGAAAGCGUCUAA